UGAGAGGGAGAGAGAAAGAGAGAGAGAGAGAGUGAGGGGCAGCCUGUGAGUCCGUUGAGAAAUUCCUUUUACUCGGUAGUGUGUCGAGGCUGUGACAGGCAAUCCAGCGUGGCCAUGGCGGGUUAGGAGUGUCUCUGGCCCUCACACGGACGCGUUCCUCCUGUCAGUGACCAUCAGCGGGGCAACGGCGAGGGGAGACUGACCCAUUCUUCUCCCUCACCUCGGAUCUCUCGUGGCCCUAAGAAGGCAAACCCAUCAACCCACUGAAUAUUCCCUCAUAAGCCUUGAAAAUGGGGUAUUGGGGUAUAAAGCCGUGAAGAUAAUACCCACAGCCUGGAAACUCCACAAUACCCAUCUUCCCGUCACCCAAGUUACUUUCUUCAUCUCGUGGGCAAAGAACAUAAGCCUAUCACUUCACUAUAGGCCUUCAAAAUGAUGUGUUGGGGUAUAGAACCGUGAAAAUAGACGUGGAAAUAAUACCCAAGGCCUAAAACAUACCCAUCACCCAGUUACCUUUCCAUCUCUCGUGGGCUAGAACACAACCCUGUCAACCCACAGUAUUCCUGAAUAUUACCUCAUAAGCCUUGAAAAUGGAGCAUCGGGGUAUAAAGCCGUGAAAAUAAUACCCCCCUCCCCUAAAACUCUAUACUCCCCAUCUCCCUAUUUCCUUUCCCCAUCGUGGCCUUUGAAGAACCUGCCAUCUCCACAUACCCAUUUUAGACGUACCUCAUAGACCGUGAAAAUAAUGUGUUUGGGGUAUUAAGACAUCAAAAUGCUACCCAUCAUCAAUACCCCUUAAGACCCAUCUCGUGGGCUCUGAAAAUCAAACCCAAGAACGGUACUCACACCAAAUUUAGGCCUGAAAAUCACAUCCAUAGGCCUAGGGAGUGAUGCGAGGAGGGUGAGAACAAGAUAUUAACACUACCCACCGCCCAGUGUGCCUAUUUAGGUGGACUUAUGGAUGAAAUUGCAGUGUGGGUUGAGCGCUGUCAUGUGAUGUGGCUGUGAUAGUGAAGGAUACACUUACACGAGGCCUCAGGAUUGUUCAAGAGAGGUGAGUGUGACUAGAGAGGUAGUGUAGUGGUGGUGACUAGUGGUUGUGGUAGAGGAGUGGUGGUGCUUCUCUCCUCCUCCUCCUCCUCUUCCUUUGGCCUCAUCUCACCCCCCUGCUGAGGAUGCCUUAGGAUGCCACGUGAAGCUCAGAUGAAGGUCGCACCGUUUUCGUCAGCAAAAAUGAACACCAUCAGCUACCCAACGCUGACCUGCGGCAGCGGCAUGGGGGAGCCAGAGGUGUUGGGGCGGAGCACUGGGGGUGGGGGCGGUGGGGGCGGCGGGGAGACUGGGACUGGAGGGAGUGUUGCCGGUCGCACCCGCAAGCGAAUCCUCGACCCAUUGGAGGCGCAGGAGGAUGACUCAACCGCCCGGCGGCUUGGGGUCUUCACGGACUGGCAGGACACUAUCAAGGGGAUUGGCGUGCCGAAUAAGAAGGGUUACAUGGACGGGGGGCACCAGCGGCCGUGGGAGUCAGAGGACAUCGACCAAGGCCUCGCUGCCGAUCUGGAUGACUCCCUGUCCGGCCUUGGAGUUGACAUCAGCACGGUGGGGAAUCAGCACUGCCACCACCCUGAUUACUGCUGUGGGCCUUAUCAUCACCAUCAACAUCAUCAUCUCUCUUCACCUGCAGUUCAUCAUGUUGAAAAGGCAUCGUACAACAUGAGUGAGGCUCUGCUGGCCCUGCCAACGGUGCAGCAGUUCAAGGAGGAAGGAAACUCGUCUAACCAGGACAAGCAGAGCGUCACCUCCUCCACCCCUGCCACCUUUGACGAAUCCUCGCAGACCAACACCACCGACAGGCUGUUCAAACUCCUGAGCAGUGAUAGCAUCUCAGACUGCCAGCAGCCCACCAUCCACCAGCUCCUGCAGCAGCACCUGGGCUCCAACACCUCCCACUUGCAAGGUUCUAACGCCACCAACACCUCCAGCAUGGCCGGCCACCACCUGGGCAGCGUGGCGGUCAGCUCAGGCCUGGAGGUGGUGCAUGAUGGGGUCACCAUGUCCCCGCAGCCCAUGGCUUACGAGGAUAAUAGGUUCCAGUACAUCCUCGGGGCGGCCACCUCCGUCGCCACCAAGGUCAACGAGGAGAGUCUGUCCUACCUCAACCAGGGCCAGUCCUACGAAAUCAAGGUCAAGAAACUCGGUGAUCUCACUAGCUGCCGGGGAAAGCUCUACCACAGUGUGAUUCGGGUUUGCUUCCAUGAGCGGCGGCUGCAAUACAUGGAGCGCCAGCAGCUGGACAGCUGGCGGCAGAUGAGGCCUGGGGAACGCAUCCUAGAGGUGGACAUCCCUCUCUCCUAUGGGAUCUUCGAUGUGAAGCAAGAGUCCGGCAACCUGAACACGUGUGAGUUUGACUGGGACCCCACCAAGGAAGUCGGCGUCUAUAUCAAGGUGAACUGCAUCAGCACAGAGUUCACUCCCAAGAAACACGGUGGAGAGAAAGGUGUGCCCUUCCGCAUUCAGGUUGAAACCUACUCGCAGACCAGCUCUGGCAUGGAGCGUCUGUACGUGUGUGCAUGCCAGAUCAAGGUGUUCAAGCUGAAAGGAGCAGACCGCAAGCACAAGCAGGACAGAGAGAAGAUAAUGAAGCGCUCGCCCUCGGAGCAGGAGAAGUACCAGCCGUCUUGCGAGUGCACCAUCCUGACAGAGCUGUCUCCUGAGGUAGUGUAUGUCCCAGUACCUGAGUCCUCAUCCCCAGUCAUGGCUGCCACCUCAGGGGUCAUGGGUCUUUCUGUCCGUGGCAACAGUCCCCCCAUCGAUAUGAAAAGUGAAGCGUCUUCUGUGGACACACCCAAGUGUGUUGAGAAUGGCCUGCAGCACCAACAAAUUGGAGCCUUCGAGGGAGAUGAGGAUAUGUGCAGCCCAUUCUUUGGUGUGCCGCUACACUCUGGCAGCAGCACCGCCCACACCUCCGCCUGGCUGAUGGCCAACCGCUUCAACAGGUACCACAAGAUGUUUGCCAACUUCACCGGCACCGACAUCCUGCGCCUCUCACGCUCGGACCUCAUAGAGAUGUGUGGCAUUGCUGAUGGACUGCGGCUCUUCUACGCACUGCAUGCCAAUCAGCAGACCCACACUUUUCUCCCCAGGAAGGUGACGCCACGCCUCACCGUCUAUGUCUGCAUGGAGCACGAGCAGCUGUACCACGCCGUCUACCUAGAGAACCUCAGCUGCCAGGAGUUCACCCAGAAGCUGUGCACGCUGCUCCAUAUCUCCAUUGACCGUAUCCACGAUGUAUACCUCCAGGGCCCCUCCGGCAUCCACAUCCUGGUGACUGAUGAGGUCGUGCAGAAUAUGGCUGAGGAAACAACACUCUCCAUUGAGGUGCUGCAGGACAGUGCCCGGGAGAGGUACCGGCUACUCAUCCGUGUCAUCAACAACAAGACCAACACUUCCACCUCCCCUGGGCCACAAUCGUAGUACAGGCCUCUCCACCCCUCCUCCCCUCCCCCUCCCACUCCUCCACCUCCCCUUGUCAAAAGCCCCACCCUGACCCCGUCUCCCCCAUCACCCAGUAAAGUUAGUGACUAUCUUAAGGUAUAAUCUUAACAAUAAACUGAGAGAAGCAAAUGUACUAGCUGCUCAAACUGCGUACUUCAUGCCCCCCUCACCUCCACUUCACUCCCUUUCUUCCCAUCAAUUCCUCCCAGACCACCGUGCUCUAUGUUGGUGCAGGGACUUACUUGUGUGGCCUGUGCGUGUGUGUGCCGUGGUUGGCCCUGUGCCGCCUCUGCCCCUCCCCGCAGUCACUUGUGGGACCUGACAUAUGUGCAUCCUGUUUGUUGCUCGUUGUUAUCGUUGUUGUUGUCGUGUCACCGAGAGAUUGAAACAGAGACAAAGACAGAGUGUUAGCUUGAGGUUUAUUUUUACACCAUUUAUUUUGUAUUUUUGUAGUGAAACUUGCUGAUUUGCAAUUGGUCAUUCACUCAAUAGCUGAAGUACUGUUGGUUGGGCGUGACAGUGAGGCAAGAUGAGGCUGUUUGGCGGCGUGCCAUGAUGAUGUAUUGAUCAUGAGCACCAAGAGGCUUGAAAAUAUCCUCAGUGUUCAUGUUUAGGUCAAGAGGCAUGACAGGACUAAUGUGUUAGUAUGUGCAGUAGUAAAUGCAGGACAACACAAGCCACUUUACUGUAGGUAAAGCAAAGUCACCACUGCCUAAGAAGGCCAUGGAGUCUCCAGAGCACCCUCACCAAUAACACUGUACUCAAGCUGCAGCAGGUUUCAUUGUUAUACAGUAAACAAAUAUUUUGGUAUGGUAACAAAAUUAACAUUGCCAACAUACAAAAGCAUCUUCCAGACUGUACUGAAGGAGCUAAUACUCAUGUCAAUGGCUUUUAGAUCAUGAACAUACGUACCAAAGUAUAUGGAUACUUGUCAUAUCCUUGGAAAAUUUGUGAACCAUUUAAAAUUAACACAAGUCAUGAUUCUUGUGGUGUAGAGUUUUGUGCACAAAGGGGCUUCCUCACAGUAGGUAGUGAAGCUGUACUGACCUGCUCAAAGUGACUCGUGCUCCACACGGAAUUGGUGAAUUUUCAUCUGGCAUCUCACAAACACAAGCACAUCACUUUUAAAAAGACGGAGAUAUAUUAUAAUUCUUUACUAAUGUAAUAUUACGAUCACAGUGAAAGUCCAGGUGACUUUUACAUGUUUUGGGUAGUGAAAAAACGUACAAAAUACGUAUAAUUAUGGGCGUCAGGUUAACCACUGUAAUUAUUUUUGCAAUAAUUGAGUAACCUUGUAAUUUAACUGUAUGCUAAUGUGUAAGGGCAGAUUAUGAAAUACUCGUCAUGUGAUGCCACAGCUGCUGCUGGUCACCACAAACCUAAGAGACAAUAACUGACAGGACCUGAUACUGCCAGCAUAUGUUGACAAUGUCAUAUUUCUUUAGUUCUGCAUUCCCACAGUUUUCUUUUACAAACACAUUGCCUGUACGUAAGGAGGGGCAAGUGGUGCCCUCAGCCCUCGGUGCCUUAUGGAGAGCAGAACCGUGAGUCUGUACAGCACCAGCACAGUGUGGUGUGUGUUAAGUCUCAUGCUGAAGUAUGUACCUUGCAACACUGGUCUGAUACCUGCCAUCAUCUUGCCAUUUCAGGUUAGGUGUAUAAGUGAAGAAUGUAAUGUGAUGCUACUGGCCAGACUCAGUAGUAGAAAACUUGUUUUUCCUAAAGUUAAUGGCAUUUAAUUAUGGUAAAUUUGUCUAGCAUUCUCAAAGGGUUAGUGCUUGUCUAAAACCUUUAACCUGCUGGCUGCGGCAUCAAGUAGUAGUUAUUACAAUGAGCAGGUUAAAAUUUCUAAGUUGGGCAAAACUAUUUUUUUGUUACAGUAAUGGCUAUAUAAUUACAAGUGGGUAAACCUGUAUACAAUCAAUAUUAAUUUAUCUCUAAGGAAAAUUUUGUAAACAGUGCAAACCAUAAUAAUCAGUAAAAAGAUAAUUGCAGUUUUGUAUUAAUAAAAUGUCCCCAUUAAAU